AAAAAGCAAGUGAGUCAAACAAAGAUCCGAGUGAUCUCUACCAUCCUCUUCAUCCUGGCAGGCUGCAUUGUCUUUGUGACCAUUCCUGCAGUUAUCUUCAAACACAUCGAGGGUUGGACAGCCUUGGAGUCCAUCUACUUUGUGGUUGUCACUCUGACUACUGUUGGCUUUGGUGACUUUGUAGCAGGAGGAAAUGCUGACAUCCAUUACCGGGAGUGGUACAAACCCUUAGUGUGGUUCUGGAUCCUUGUUGGCCUUGCCUAUUUUGCUGCUGUCCUGAGUAUGAUUGGAGACUGGUUAAGAGUCCUGUCCAAGAAGACAAAAGAAGAGGUUGGAGAAAUAAAAGCCCAUGCAGCAGAGUGGAAAGCGAAUGUGACGGCUGAGUUCAGAGAGACACGGAGGCGGCUCAGCGUGGAGAUCCACGACAAACUUCAGCGGGCAGCCACCAUCCGGAGCAUGGAGCGCAGGCGCUUGGGCCUGGACCAGCGAGCCCACUCCUUAGACAUGCUCUCUCCAGAGAAGCGCUCUGUCUUUACUGCAUUGGAAACAGGACGCUUCAAGGCCUCAUCUCAGGAAAGCAUCAACAACAGGCCUAACAACCUGCGCCUUAAAGGGUCAGAUCAGCUCAACAAGCAUGGGCAGGGGGCAUCUGAGGACAACAUCAUUAACAAGUUUGGAUCGUCUGCUAAGAUGACCAAAAGGAAAAACAAAGACCUCAAAAAAACCAUCCCUGAGGAUGUGCGUAAAAUUUAUGAGACCUUCCGAAACUACUCCUUAGAUGAAGAGAAAAAGGAAGAGGAGACAGAGAAGAUGUGUAAUUCUGAGAACUCUUCUAGCACUGCAGUCCUGACCAACUGCAUCCAGCAGCACUCAGACCUGGAGAAUGGAGUGAUCCCCAAUGAAACCAAAGAAAGGGAACAUGAAAACAAAGCAUUACUUGAAGACAGAAAUUAAGCGUAAAAGAUGCUUGACUUGAAUUAACAAUGUUAGUGAUUUUAUAUACAUAUAUAUAUUGAGACACGUGCCUUAUACAGACUCCUUAUUCAGUCUGAAUUAUAUAGCAUUGAAGAAUAUUUCACUGUGCCAUAAAGACUCAAGCUUGCUCUGCCAAAACAAAUCAGGAACACAGCGCUGCAGAAUGGCAACAGAAAGCUACACACAUGGAAAUUUCAACCUGUAUAAGAUUACCAGGGCAAGUCACAAAGGAAGAGAUUGAACCACGGCAAUAUCACCAGAGUGCUCCUACUAUGGCAUAAUAUUAGACAAAGGGCAGCUACUUAAGAAGAGCCUUUGAAAGAAGUGAAAGAGAGAGUAUAUUUGUAAUGGAGUAUGCAUCCAUAAAGCCUUCCCCUGGUGAUUAAAAAGAGGAGAAAUUAUUGGAGUGAACUAGAAACUUUCAGUAAGACUUAGUUUA